UACAACAAAAUAGGAUCAGGAGGAAAGAGAGAUCCCCAUUCCCCGCCCACCUUCCUCUUCCGCCAUCGCCGUUCUACCUCGCCAACUGUCAUCGGCGGCGACAUAUAGUUCCGUUUCAGGGAAGAAGCUUGGAAAUGUCAUCAUCGGCGACAUAUCCACCACCACCUCCAUACUACAGGCUCUAUAAAGACUAUGCUCAGAACCCUAAAUCGGCUCCAGAACCUCCCCCACCAAUCGAAGGCACUUACGUUCUCUUCGGUGCCAAUUACAAUACAGAUUAUGUGUUGCCUAGCCUAGAAGAACAAGGAGUUCGUCAAUUGUAUCCUAAAGGACAUAAUAUAGACUUCAAACAUGAACUAAGGACACUAAACAGAGAAUUGCAAUUGAACAUGUUAGAGCUUGCUGAUGUACUCAUUGAACGACCAUCUCAGUAUGCAAGGAGAGUUGAAGACAUCUCCUUGAUAUUUAAGAACUUGCACCACCUCCUCAACUCAUUACGUCCUCACCAGGCAAGAGCAACACUAAUUCACAUUCUAGAGAUGCAGAUACAACGUCGAAAGCAAGCCGUUGAGGAUAUUAAGAAAAAGAGAGAAGAUGCUCAAAGACUUCUGAAAGAGGCACUUGGAACACUAGAAGAAGGACAAUAGUUAGCUGUAAUGUAUCUUGACUUUGUUGAAUGACUUUUCAGGUAUUAAUAGAAUAUGAUGAUGAUAACAUCCUUAAUUUCGUCGUGAGGUUAUUCUAGCUUCCUAAAUUUUAAAAAGAAAAUUAAUUAGUUUCGUGUUUUAGUAGUAGAUGGUGCUUACUGAAUUACAUUACCUAAUGUCAGCUCGGUUUGGUGGAUUAUAACAUUAAUCUAUAAUCCUAAAAAGGUUAGAAUAACAAAGUAUCCAUUUGAACAUAAGUAAGAAUUGAAAUUUCAUUUUU